AUGGACGGAGCGGUGGACAGAAGAGACAGGUCGGCCCUCAGCAGCACGUCGGAACCAGCAGGAGCUGAGGAGGCUCUGCACCAGUGCCGACUCAUCCAGAACCUGGUGGACAUAUCCAUCUCCAGCCUGCUGUCUCUUAGGACCAGAUGCGCCGCAUCCAACGACCUCACCCGGCAGGAGAUCCGCACUUUAGAGGUGAAGCUGACCAAGUAUAUGUGGAAACAGCUACAGCUGAGGCAGAGGGUACCCGAAGGAGAGAGACCUGAAGCUCUUGCCCAAUACCCCAGACUGGAGGACUGGCUCCUCACAGCUGACCUCACUCCACGGUUCAUACAGGCUGCAGCAGGGAAACUCUCAGUGGACAGCUUGCUGCAGAUGUCUAGCUCUGAGCUGCAGGACACGAUGAGACGCCUAAGCUCCAACUCAGAGGAUCGCUCUCGCCUCACUGCUGCCCUCUCCUGUCUGAAGAGUGCUAAUGAAACAGGAGGUGAUUCGAGGCAUCACUCAGGCUCCUGCAGUUCUGAGUCGCAACAGAACAGCAGUCCCUUCUCUCCUAUUAGCCCCCCUUCAAGCUCUGGUAGCCCUUUCACCCCACUAAACCCCAGCAGCAGCCAUGGCCGCUCUAUCUCUAUAUCAGUGGUACCUUGUUCAGAUGAUCAGAGACCAAGUGUACCAGUUGAGGACAUGAGUGAUGCCUUCUCUUUGGAGCCAAGCACCCCUCCAGCUACACGAGUCGCAAAAGCCCGCACAUCCAAGCCCUCCUACACGCCACCACCACCUUCUCGCAAACUGCUGCAAUUCCUCCCCAACAUUGCACUGACAAAAAGCAAGAGUCACGAGUCACAGCUGGCCAACCGCAUCGAGGAUCCUGGAACACACAAGGCCAGGAAGAAGAACAAAGUCUUGGCUACUAUUCAGAUCAAUGGCUGUGGGACCAGUGCUGAGGAGUCAGCGCUAAGGUCACCUCUGCUUUCUGCCCGAACACCCGGCCCUGUCCCAACCUCAGCUCCAUACACGAUGCCCAUCGCCCCCGUCUUUCUGGACAAUGUAGCUAUGCACAGAAGCUCCCCCCAGACAAUGAGAAGAGACAUUGGCCUGGCUGUAACCCACAGGUUUUCAACCAAGUCCUGGCUCUCCCAGACAUGCCAAGUGUGCUGUAGAAGCAUGAUGUUUGGUGUCAAGUGUAAACACUGCAAGCUAAAGUGCCACAACAGGUGUACCAAAGAUGCACCUUCAUGUCGGAUAUCAUUUCCUACAUUGCCGAGGAUGCGGAGGGCAGAAUCAGUACCAUCAGAUAUCAAUAAUCGGAUUGAUCACACGGCAGAGAUCUCACUGCAGUUUGGCACCUUACCAAAGGCAGUAACAAAAAGGGAGCCUGUUCCCAGUAUUAGCCAGCUGGACUCCAGCAGUAACCCGUCAUCAGCCACUUCUUCCACACCUUCCUCCCCAGCACAUUUCCAGCAGAGUAACCCUCCAAGUGUAAGUGCUACCCCCCCACCUAACCCAUCACCACAAGGCUUCCGAGACAACCGCUUCAACUUCCCAGAUGUUCCUGCAGCCACUCACAGUGUUCAGCAUUCUGGCAGUCACAGUGAGUCUGGAGUGUCACUGGUGGUGAUUACAGAGAAACAACUAACAGCAGCAGAACAGGAAAAGGAGGAGGAGGAGGAGGAGGAGGCAGAGGAAGACUACCCAGGUGUGGAUGAAGAAGCAGCUAACAAGACUGAUGGAAAAAAGAGUUGUUCCAGUGAGGAGCAUGAUGAAGAUGGUCUGGAUGAUCUGCCUCUUUCCAUAUGCCGCCGUGAGGCUGCUGGCCGUUCUGGGGUCCCCAUCUCUCGUAAGGUCAGCCAGACCAGCGUAUACCUCCAGGAGUGGGACAUCCCAUAUGAGCAACUACAGCUGGGAGAGCUUAUUGGAAAGGGUCGCUGGGGGAAGGUACAUAAAGGUCGCUGGCAUGGUGAGGUGGCCAUUCGUCUACUGGAAAUUGAUGGCAACAACCAGGAUCAUCUUAAAGUCUUCAAAAAAGAGGUUAUGAAUUACAGGCAGACCAGGCACGAGAAUGUCGUCCUGUUCAUGGGCGCAUGCAUGGCUCCUCCUCACCUUGCUAUCAUCACCAGUUUCUGUAAAGGUCUGACUCUAUAUUCUGUUGUAAGAGAAAGAGGUCACCUGCUAGACAUAAAUAAAACCAGGCAGAUUGCACAGGAAAUUGUAAAGGGAAUGGGUUAUCUUCAUGCCAAAGGAAUCAUUCACAAGGAUCUGAAGUCUAAGAAUGUGUUCUAUGACACAAAUAAGGUGGUAAUCACAGACUUUGGCCUAUUUGGAAUGUCUGGUGUGGUACAAGAAGGCAGAAGGAAGAAUGUGCUGCAGAUACCACGGGGCUGGAUUUGCUACCUGGCUCCAGAAAUUGUUCGAAAAAUGAGCCCAGAGGUUGAUGAAGACCAGCUGCCUUUCUCCAAAGCUGCUGAUGUUUAUGCGUUUGGCACAAUCUGGUAUGAGCUGCAGAUGCAAGACUGGCCAAUCACCAACCAGCCUGUGGAAGCUGUAAUCUGGCUAGUGGGUAGCAAUAAAGGCAUUAAGAAUGUGCUGUCAGAGGCCAGUCUGGGCAAGGAGGUCACGGAGAUCCUGUCUGCCUGCUGGUCCUUCGUGGCAGAUGACCGGCCACAUUUCACCCAGCUGGCCGGCAUGCUGGAGAGACUCCCUAAACUCAAUCGCAGGCUGUCUCACCCGGGACACUUCUGGAAGACAACAGAACCACUGGAUCAUCACCAAUGCCUGAGACAUCACUGCCAUCAGUGCAUCAGUGCGCAAUGUCUCUACAUGUGCAAAUACAGCAGCUGAGCCAGAAGUGCUCCUCAAAACUAAAAUUAUAUAUAUUUGAUUGAGCAUUACUAUUCAAAGAGAUUUUCUUUAUUGUCACCUGGAGUUACCAUGUGAUCUUUGUUCUUGUUAUCCUGAUUCUGCCUGCAACACGUUUAAGUCUCCAUGCUCAAAUUAGGCAGUGAUCAUGUGAACGUGCCUGAAAACAUGAUGUGAAGGACGUAGCUCUAACAGAUUUUCUGUAAGACUGGACAUUAUGUGUGUGUCAGCCAAAAUUUCUAAUGUAGAUGAGGCCCAGUGGCUGCUGCGUGCCAUUUCUGACAUGUAUCCAAAGUUUCUCGAGUUUGUAAGCCAAAAUGUCAUUUAAAUGGAUGAAGAUUAAGAAAUUCGAAUUUACUGCUAAUUGCUGACCAUUAUAUUGGAGUACUGAAUUAGUAAAUGAGAGAGUGAUUUCAGACAGUGACAUCAAAAUAAGCAGAGCUGGCUGUGAGAAAGCUUUGCUUUUACCUUUAUCUCUCUUCCCUUCAUUAACCUAUAUGCCUCCGUUCCUCCACAUUUCUAACCUUCAGUGAAUGUAAAUCUUCAUAUGUGUCUAUGUGUCAGUGGACGUGCGGUCUCAUGACUGUUUGAGCUGUCCUCAUAGUUAGAAAGCUGCUGGAUUCAGCUCUUAGUUAGCGCCCACAAAACAGGAGAAUUAAAAUAGCAUUUACUCCAAGGAUGCCAACAGACUUUGCAUUCAAAGGGUCAGUUCACCCAAGCUGGAAAAACAACAUUUAUUUUUUUAUUUGCCUUUAGUGGCAUCUAUUCAUGCAAAUAUAUUUAUCGUUCUAGAUUUUCUGGUACUGUAUCUGUCUCUGUGUCUGUUUCAGUACAGAUAUAUUACACACAUACAGCACAAUACAGUAAGUAAAUUUGGAAGUAGUACUAAUAAAUAUACAUUGAUUAGUGUGUAAUUGCAUCUUCCAACAGACUGAUACAUUCUCAUAAACUUGGAAUUAAUCCAUUAAAAACACAUAGGAGCGGGUUUGUCCUGCCAUCUUGAAUACAGUGGCCAAGACGGACAUUGCUGUUUAUGUAUGUGGCUGGAGCUCGGACACAUACUUAGUACGCCUUAUAAGUUACUUUUAAUUUAAAGAUCACAAAUUUCAAACUAUAUACAGUACCAGUCAAACGUUUGGACACUGAAUGAUCAUUUAACAUUUGUGCAUGUAUAUUUUCAUCAUUUCUUUCUCAUAAUGUCUUUCUCCUCCUCCACCACUGCUCUCGCUCUUCCCUCAUUUCUACCUCAUUCUCUUCCUCCUCACCUCAAGCCUCAUUUCCUGAACUGAAGUCAGGCCCUCACACAAAAACAUGCAUAAAUUUCCUUUAUUCCUGAUAUUGCUGCAGUUUAUUAUUGUCAGCAGAUUAGAAAUGCGACCCUCCCAUCUCUGGGCAGCUGACAAUGAGCCAGAUAACAACCAACAACAGCUGUUUAUAAGCAAACAUUAUUCCAGCUAAUGUUAAGCUCGAAUGUCCUAAAAAUCCCACUUUCCUUCUCAUAAACAGUUUGAUUACAUUCUCAUAUUGUAUGAGUUUAUUCGCUAAGUGUCUGAGUUGUACAGUGUUAGAGCCACUUCAGCGAAAGUUUCACUGAUGCUGGCUAACAGCGCUAGCAAAAAACAGCAGCACUUACUGACAGAAAGUUCAGGAUAUCCUCAACAACUCACCUCAGUAUCACUGUCAUCGGACAGAAGUGAGCUUCACUGACUCAUCAACUUGUAUUGGACUCCUUUCACAAAGUUUCAGUCUCCUCCAGAAUAAAUAGAUGUGGACAACUGGGAUAUAGACAGCUGAGGUAAACAGCGGACUGAGAGCCUACACUCACUAGAGAUGAACAGGCCUGCAGUUGUUUGUCCUACAGUGGCCACUAGGAUUAUGCACUUGAAUUGGGAAAUUCAAUUCAGUUGACUGCAAUCUGCAAUCUACUGACAUCUAGUGGUGAGCUUGUUCGCACUGUACCUUUAAAUAAAUAAAUAAAUGGAAACUCCAGCUCUUAGCAGAAACAUUGCCCUGUUCAUUCUUUCUUUUUUUUUUACACACUGUAAAUAUGAAUAUAUUGAACAUUUUUAGCAACACUAGUGGUUUGACUCAAAGCAGUCUGUCUCAGUCUACCACUAUUCUAAUGUGAAAUUUCCACUACUUUGGUUUGUAACCCAAAUACCUACAAAACUGAAAGUGUUUGUCUAGACAGGGGGUUCAUGAUAUUACAAAAGAUUAAAAUAACUUGGCCAAAAUGGGACAUACGUACCUGCUAAACAUCGGCAUGUUAUCAUUGUCAUAUUGAGCAUACGGACCUGCUGAUGUCAGUUCUGUGAGCAAUAAAUGUCAGAGACGGAUAUACUAUGUUGCCAAACAUAUUCGCUCAUCUGCUUUCACACACAUUUGAACUUGAGUGACAUCAUUAUUUUUUCAGGCUUUUCAGAAAAUAAAAAAAACUGAACCAAGUAUUAAUACUUUGAUGAGGCAAAAAUAAAAUUUUCAUUAGUAAAUUAUGAUGAUGUCAACCCACCCUUUACAGCUGUAACAGGUUUAUUUCUUCUGGGAAGGCUUUCCACAAGGUUUAGGCCAGUCAAGUUCUUCAACACCAAACUCACUCAUCCAUGUCUUCAUGGAGCUGCUUUGUGCACUGGUGUGCAGUCAUGUUG